AUGGCGGCACCACACACUACGGGUGGCAGCCCAUCGCCAGACACGCUCAUCACCAUCAAGAUCUCCGUCAACGACCAGCUCAAGAAACUGAAGCUGCCGCUGCGUGACCUCGGCGCCCACACCCUGCCCAGGAAGCUCCGCUCAGUUCUCGAUAUCAAGCCCGAACAGACCGUCCUCCUCGAGCGCUACUCCGACUCCGCCGGCGGCUACAUCACCCUCGACGAAAGCAAUCCACAGGUCUUCAAGACCCUCAUCCGUGCUGCAAAGGCCAAGCUGAAGCUGCGUCUGAAGGCCACAGUCUCGCCCGUCAGCAUCCCGGUCGUGGAAGAGGAGGAGACGCUCAUGCCAAAGAUGCCAGAGAUGAACCCCAUUCGUGACUCUACAGCACUCGACCAGCGCUCCAUUGGCAGUGGCAUCUUCCAAUUCAAGGAAGCCCGUGCUUCGCAGCAAACGCUGGUGAAUGACGAGGCACCAGUACCACGCCCAUUUACGGCCGACCGAUCAAGCAUCUUGAAUGGCCUCGCUCUGCCAUCACAGCAAUCCCUGGCCUUCCGCCCGCGUGAGCCCUCAGCUCUCUCAGCCGUCCAUCCACACGCCUGGUCCGUGUACUGCAAUGAGUGUGACAAGGCCAUGGCCAAUGAGCAUUUCCACUGCAGCAUCUGCGAUGGUGGUGAUUACGACCUCUGUGAGGAGUGUGUCUCUGGCGGCAAGCUGUGCCCAGGCGAGGGUCACUGGCUCGUGAAGCGCUACAUCCAGAACGGCAAAGUGAUUAGCAGCACCACAGAGAGAGUUCAGCCUCGCAAGGUGAACAUCGUUCCAGCCUUCAUCAAGCAGGAGCCUGUCGAGAAGGACAUCCCGGGUGCCUUCACAGAGGAGACCAAGACACUCGCCGAGGACACACGCACCCCAACUCGCACCUGCAAUAGCUGCGUUAUUGUACUGCCCGAGCGCGAGUUCGUCACAUGCACCACUUGUGAUGACUUCGACCUGUGCAUCAAGUGCCACACCUCCGACAAGCACGGUCACCACCCAGCACACGGCUUCGAGCCAUCCACAGCAGAGACUAUCCUUCCACUCGCUGCUGAGACUAAGCUCGCUCCUGGUCGCAAUGUGCGCCACAACGCUAUUUGCGAUGGCUGUGACAAGAAGAUCUACGGCAUUCGACACAAGUGCUUGAACUGCCCAGACUGGGACUACUGCAGCGACUGUGUUAAGGACGCUCGCCACAGUCACCCCCGCCACCGCUUUGCUGCUCUAUACGAGCCAAUCGCCGACCAAGGCCAGUCUGCUGUUCGCCACUUUGGCAUCUACUGUGAUGGCCCGCUGUGCAGCGGCAAGUCUGAUCAGUCCUACAUCGCUGGCGUGCGCUACAAGUGCACUAUCUGCCACGACACUGACUUCUGCGCUGGCUGCGAGGCUCUUCCAGGCAACCACCACAACCGCACUCAUCCUCUCAUCAAGCUCAAGACUCCUGUUCGCAACGUGAACGUGUCGACCGAGAAUGAGGAUCUUCGCGGCAAUGUCCGUGUUAUGGGUGACCGUCGCGCUUCUCCAGUGUCGAGCACCGGCACUGAGACAUCACCCAUCCCACAAGCCAAUGCUGCUACUCAGGUGCAGACUGUCGCCGACUUCCAGCCAACAGAGGUCAAGAAGGAGACGAUGCCGAUCUCCAUCCCAGUCAAGACAUUCGAGCAGAAGGGACUCGUUCCAGAGCCUGCCGCUGUACCUUCGACUUUGCUCAACGCACACUUUGUGCGUGACAGCAUUCCAGACGGCAUGGCUGUCGACCCCGAGGCUCGCUUCACCCAGAUCUGGACACUCAAGAACCCAGGCCCAUAUGUGUGGCCUGCUGGCUGCAGUGUACGCUACGUCGGUGGCGACAACAUGCUCAACGUCGACAAUAGCCACCCAGCUUCAGUCACUGCCAUCGCUGAUGCUACAGAGAGCAAUGUGGUUGGCCGCGACGUUCAGAUUGGCGAAGAGGUCGCUUUCAAGGUCGUCCUCAAGGCUCCUGUCCGCGAAGGCAAGAGCAUCAGCUAUUGGCGCCUCAAGGCUGCCGAUGGCACGCCAUUCGGUCAUCGUCUGUGGUGUGACAUCGAGGUCAAGAAGGCGGAGCAGAAGACUCCAAGCCCAUCUGCAAGCAUCUUCCAGGAGCAGCAGAUCGCUAUGCAGCGCAUGAGGAUUCAGCAGAUGCAGAUGCUCCGUGUUCAGCAGCAAGCUGCCCGUGAGCAGACUCUUCGCUUCAACGCAAUGGCUGCCCAGCAGGCCCAGAACAUCCCAGCCGAGCAGCCACCAGCUUACGAUAGCAUGGGAUUGUCCGCUCGUCUUGCCGCCAUGCGCGAGCAACAGAAGCAGCGCCGUGAGCAGAUGGUCGCCCAGCGUGAUCAACUCCAAGCUCAGGGCAAUACGUACUGUGGCCAGCGAUCUGCCGAGUUUUCGAACGAGAAGGAGCGUCGCGAGGCACUCAAGCAGCGUGUUGCGCACAUCAAGGCGAACAUCAUCAAGACCCGCGAGGAGCGUGAGAAGAUGACUGAGGAUUUCCAGCAGCUCAAGAUGGCUGCUGCCGAGAAGAAGAGCAUGGAGGAGAGCGAGAAGGUGCAGAACAUCAUCGAGCAGGUCGCCAAGCAGGCUGAUGAGGAGGAGAAGACUGAGCAGCUCGAGGGCAGCCAGAUGGUCUUCCCCAAGCUCGAGAAGGAGAGUCCUUCUAGCAGCACCUACGAGUCUGCUACCAGCAGCUCCAGCAAGGGCAAGGCCGCUUAUGUCGAGAACGAGGAGGGCGAGGUCGAGCGCUCGGCUACCCCAGCUACAGCGCCUAUCUCGAUUCCAAUCUCGUCGCCAUCUGCUGACGACGACUUCGUUGACCUCGACGAGGAGCUUGAAGUUCUCAGCGCCAACGGCAACGACAGCGAGGACGACGGCUUCUUGACUGACGAGGAGUACGACAUCCUCGAUGCUUCGGACCAGGAAACCGUGGUCUUGAAGUAA